AUGGAGGCAGAGAAAAUCCUCCUCAUCCAUUCGAUGCUCCACUUGAUCUUCCAUCGCAAUAAAAACCAGCAUGGAGGUACAAAAUGGUGGAAGUGGCUGUCGAUGCUAAAACGCACCACGCUAAAACUCGCGGAAUCGCUGCAACAUGAAUCGUCGAGUGCGAAGUCCCUGCCGUCUGCUGAUGUGUACAGACGGCACCUCGCGACGCACGUCGUACCAGGAUGUUACCUUGCAUUUUCAACAGUCGUGGCCGACGGGCAGUUCUCGACUCUUGGUGUCGUCCUAUUAGCCACGCUCGCGCGACUUUCCAAGGCCGCUGGCAUUGACAAGGAGUUCAAGGCCAUGAGUCGGGCGAAGAAUGCUGGCAGAGCCCAGCCUUAUGAGUUACCAACGUCAAAAGCCGAAGACGUUGGGGAAGUACUCGCUCGGGAUUCUGGUCCUUCACCGGCUACUAGCUCGUCCGAAAUGCGGGCUCCUCGCAAAGAGAGCUCGGUGGCUUUUCCCGAGGACCGCUCAAAGGAACCGAAGAUGAAAGCAAAGACGGAAGAAAAGAAGACAAAGAAGAAGAGCAAAAAGAAGAAAGAUGCCAUUGAUGACCUUUUUGCUGGUCUCUUAUGA